AUGCGCGCGAGUAACGCGCUCGCGCUCGCGCUCGCGACGUGCGCCGGGAUGGUCUCCGUCGCGCACGCGUUCGAGAUCGACCUCGUGCACCGCGGAGACGGGAAGUACGACGACAUGAAGUGCGUGAGCGAGGACAUUCACGCCAACGCCGUGGUGCUCUUUCGCUUUGACGUCGUCGACGCGGGAGAUAAGGUGAGCGCGAAGCUGUUCGACGCGCGAGGGAAGGUGGUGUACGAGGUUUCCGACGCCGCGACGGGCUCACACGGGUUCACGAGCGAACACGAGGGCGUGCACAGGGCGUGUUUUUACAAGGCGGAUCUCUCGUCGCUGAGCGAGAGCGAUAAGACGCAAGAGCUGGCGAAACAUCGAGUGCGGGUGGAUUGGCGACACGGCGUCGCGGCGAGCGAGUGGGAAAAAUUGGCAAAGGCGACGGAUCUGGAUGCGUUCACGAGGACGUUGCGGGCGCUGGAGGCGGAUGUGAGGGAGGUACACGAGGGGAUGUUGAAGCUCAGAGCGCUCGAGGCGGACAUGCGGGACAUGAACGAGGCGACGAACACGAAAGUGGCGAUCAUGAGCGUGCUCAGUCUGAGCGUGUGCGUCGGGAUGGCUUUCUGGCAGAUUGUGUACCUGAAGGGAUUCUUUCAGAGGAAGAAGUUGCUGUAG